AUUCUCUAUUGCAUGUUCAGAGAGAGACUCGCAGCCCGUGCAACGUCUCAGCAUGGCAUCCUCUCGAGGACGAGAACGACUGAAAGAACGUCAGACGAACGGCCGCCAAUUCGUUUUCGGUUCGAGCACUCCACGAGAUCUCAGUCACAUGAACAAGAUUCCACCAAAAUUCCGCAGUUACGACGCAAAAGUUCGAGUCACUAGGGAGGGACCGGGAUUGAGAGAAUAUAUGCAAAAAGCCAGAUCACUCACGAGAGAAGGGUCAACUGAGACAAGACAUUGGGCUUUUGGAUCGUCUACGCCUCGCGAUUUGGCUCAUAUGACAGCGAUCUCCACAGCUCAACGAGUCUACGAUGCAAAAUCACCGAAAAAGAGUACAACGUCACCGGAAUUUGUCACACCUGUGCAUAAGCGCAGCACUACUGCCCCUCAACCAAUACAAAGACUACCGCCGAAACCUCUCCCUAAGCGACAUGAUGAAGAUGCCUCUUCUGAACCAGAUUUCGUUCAGGACCGAGAAGAAUUCAUCGCUGAUCUUCGAAAGAAAAAGGCUGCCGAAGCACAAAAGAAAGAAAAACAAGAAAACAAAAUGAAUGGAAAAGUGAAUGCAAAAGAGCAAACGAAAGCAAAAGAUGCGGGUGGAAAGGCAAAGAUGAAUGAGCCACCACCUUACGCACAUGCUACUGAACUCGCCUCAGAAAUUCGCAGCACUGAACGAGUGCCCCAAAAUGUCCAUGAAGAUACAAGUGCUGUAGCCCAUGAAAGCAGUGUGAAAGGACUGAAGGAUCAGAUAGUGGUCUCGGAGCUGCUGGAAGCUUCACCUGACAAGGAGAUCGUGGUGGACAAGAGUGGAACAGAGAUUGGGAAGAAUGUCGAAUCGAAGUCGAGUGAAAUUACCAAAAAAGUUCUUAGCGGUUCCAAAGACAUCAGCCAGGAUCUCGUAGACCUAGCAAAAGAUCUGAAAACGCAAUCCGAAGCAAAAGUUGACUCGGUUUUGAAGGAAGUUGGGAAAACUGUCGAUACAGUUACAGACAAGCUCGAGGGAGUUGCCAAAAAAGUAGACGAGACCCAAGCUGAUGCGGCUGAUCUGGCCUCCCGAUUAGGUUCUUCCCUCACUAACACUUUGUCUAAAGCCGCGGAGGUGGUGGAAAAGAGUCAAGAACUCCUUGGAAAUAAAGAAAAACCGCAUGAGGAACAAAAGAAAGUGACUGCUUAAUUGUUGUGUGAUAUCAUAUUUGUCUGGCUAUUUUUCUAAUUGCUGAUUUUUAGUCCACGUGCUAGUGUAAAUAACAGCACACUAAAUAACCCGGUCAAGUUCGGUUUUUGAUGGAAUCUAGUUUUACCAUCGUGCGAAUUCUUUCAAUGUUGUCUCUUUUGAUCGC